AGCAGCAGAGCAGCUUUAAUACAGCUUGCGACACUGGACUGUAGCACAUCCGAGACGGUGAUUAAGCUUUGCCCCUCAUUCUCACAAUCACUCGGCAACGGGAAUCUUGCCAUUGCCGAUGAUGAUGCACCCUUUGGCCCAUUUGACAUCGUCAAAUCAGAACUCCAAGUCCAACCAACCGAAGCUUGUCGACCCAUCAUGAUGUCAUCUCGUUGGCAGCCGUAUUCUCACGCUGUCCAGUGGCCCCAGUCUCCAUCUCCGGCCCUCCUCUCCAAGCGUGCAUUUGGGGAGGAGGUUCCUAAAAGCUAAGCAGCUUCUGUGAAAGGUUGCAACGUAGCUGUGAUUUAGACAUGAUCAUGCACCUAAAGUUCAGUUUUCCCUCUGAGCGAGCUCUUAAAUUGUCGAUUAAAGGUGUGCUUUAGAGCUAUUAUUAGGUGGAGCAAUGCAGAUCAAUAGGGACAUAAGCUUAGACAACAGUGUUCGCCUUUUUAUAGGACCUACUUAAGCACUGGCGCCACUGUGGGAGGUGCCUGGCCCCCUGGGGAGUGCGAGUGUCUGACAGAUUUUGGGUCCGCUCCAAAGCCCGAGACGAGACGAGAGAUGGGGGACUGUGUACGUUUAGUCCACUCCAGCGGACAAUGGGGCCUCGGAAUUUCCCUCCCCCCGAGUUGCAACCCAUAUUCCUCAUCCGCGAAGCUCAGAGAUGGUGGUGGGGGGAGAAGCAUAAAAUGUUCUCCCGGCAGCAGAAUCGGUGUUCGCUUCUCAACUGCCAAAGAUGUGAAGCUCUCGCAUCACAUCGCACUCAAAACCGACGCCCUGCCCCGUCCCCAACCGAGGAAGGCCGAGCCCCGUUAAAGCCCCUGCCGCGCGGGUGUCAUGCAUCCGUUGCUUGGACUCGGCCCCCUCCCUUUCAAAUGCCAGGAAUUUCCCUACCGCGUCAGCAGGUUCCCCUGGACGCAUCCCAGGCCACAGCCGAUCUCCGCAAGGUGGGAGGGGCCGAAGAGCGACGUUGGGACCAAGGAAUGGAGCCCACGCUCUUCGUGCUGUCCUCCCCUGGGGUGGGGGGGUGUUUAGCUCCGGUCCCGGCCACGUCGGGUCUGAUUCCCCCCUCGACGGGUGAUUGCCACCGUUGCACGCCGUCCGCGCGGCGUCAUUCCCCAUCGACGGAGUGAGUUCCCUCUGGGUCUUCCAGCCGUUCUUGUUACCCGUCUGGAUCCAUCCUCGUGCAUCGAUGGCGUCGAUGGGGUCCUCCGAUCCUUUGCUUUAAUUUUUG